AUGCUUGUUAGCUCGUGUCAGUUUGUGGGCCAGGUGGUCCAUUGCUCUCUUGACUACCUGGGAAUGGAUGUCCACGUCACAGGCAUCGUGAAUCUGUGCAAUGAUCCUCUCGACUUUACCUUUGUGGUUAAGGUAUCAGACCCCCCAGUUAGGUGGGAGCACAGCUUUGCAGUGAGCAACAUUGAUGAGACAGUCCCUAUUCAGGGGUUGAAUUCCUCCGAGUCGAGUCUCACUCUCCGCAUCGCCUUCAGCACCAAUGACUCUUCCUUGUCUUUGCACAAUAGCUCCAGCAGCCAGACCAUCUUUGUUUAUGGGUACUUGGAAGGGGGGAGAGGAGCACGGAAGAACCCCCCUUACCCGCCAUUUCUCAACUCGAGUGUCUCUCUUGUUCGAGACCCAGAGUGCCACAAGAAUCUCCUCAAGUCCCCCCAGUCUGCUGCUCAAGUCAUUGCAGUGAUCUCCUUAUCCCUGUUCAUGGUGGCACUGGUCACAGGCCUUCUGAUCUACAUUUAUUGCCAAAGACGUAGGAAGGCCAGCGACAUGGCCUCACUGGCUGCAUCGUUCUCCACCACUGCCCCCUCCAUCAAUGGAGCUGUGCCUUAUCAGGAGGAGCCGAAGGUGACACUGAGUGUGGGAGAUGUGAAGCUGAAGAUGAAGGAGGAUGGUUCGAAAUCAAGACCCAUGGAUGCAAGUCUUGUCAUAGAGAAUCCAAAUGCUGCCACUAGGAGGAGUGAUUCUCGUCCUGAUGCCUCUCGAGGUGCUAUUCCCAAACGACCAAGAAACAGAGGUGCAGCCACUGAGAACUCAGUGAAUUCACAGCCUGUAGCUUGAUGGCAAUGCAGGGGAGGAGGAAAAACGUGGAAGAUUGAGAGAGAACUAAGCCCUCAUCUCUCUGUGAUAUACUCUACUUUCUGAUCCGUCCAUUUGUUGUUUUGUCUUCCAAUGCCAAAGAUUCCCUCCCUUCCCUCAUGCAUUUUCUUUUUAUGCACAAAUUUCUCUUUUUCUUAUCCUGCUG